UGAAUGCAAUUAUGUUGAAUUAAAUUCCAUUAAAACAUUUGGAAACUCCACUAAAAAUUCAUACAGCUGAAUUGAAAAUUGUGUAAUAGCAGCUCGAAUUUGGAAGUCGAGGGUUUUCCUACGCACUUUCUUCACCACCUCGUCAAUACGCAGCGUUCGAUGUAAUUGGCCUCGAUUUUAUGUGUAAUCUGCAGUGAGGAAUAUUUCGGUUAAUUUCAUCUUCGUGGAUUUUUUUGAUUUGGGGAUUUUUGUUUUCUCCAUUUCCCUUGUCAAGGUGGUUUAAUUAGCUGGUAAUUUUCGGGGUUUGUUUCAGCUGCAUGCAGCCAUGGUGGAAGUUAAGGCGAUCAAUGGCGGCCUAGAUGGGAGGAAUAGGCCGCGGAAGAGAAAGAGAUUGGAGCCCUGUGCUUUUUCACCAAGUCCAGAAGAAAACCAAAAGAGAAUUGCUGGAUUUCGUAGUGAAAUUGAUAGUCUUGUGAAAUAUUGUAGGAGUUUAGUGUGGGAAAACAGAGGGGUUUUGCUGGAAAAUUUGGGGAAACCUAGGAAUUCCUCUGCUUAUGUGAAUGGUGUGAUUGCAUGUGUAAUGGAGGAGAGUGAUCUUCCUUUGUCGAAGCUCGUUGAUGAGAUUUUUGAGAAAUUGAGGGAUGGAGAAGGGAAUGGGGGUGGUUUGAGUAAGGCUGGUGUGAUGAGUGCCGUGCUUAUGAUAGGACAGCGAUCGUUCUAUGGUGUGCUUGGUGCCGAUGCUGAUGUUUUGGAGGACGAGGCUGAGUGUGCUCUUUGGUAUUGGGAGACAAGGGACCUGAAAUUGUUGCCCAGAGCAGUGCGUACAUCUUUGAAAGUUCACCGGACUUGUCGGAGAAAGAUCCAAGAGAGGAUUAGUGCUGUUUUUGCAAUGAUAGAUGCUCUUGAAAUGUAUGAAAACUCUCCCAACUGCCAACACGAGUUGAUGAAAGCUUCGGAAAAACUUGGUAUAGUUCCAAAUGAGGCAGGUAUCCGGCUGCUAAUGGAGAACACAUCUCAUGAAAAUGGCGCUGAAAUAGCUGAUAAGGAAACCAAGAGAGGAGAACAAUUGUUAAUCAAGCAAAAGGAGAAACACGAAAGAGAUAAGGAGAGAUUGAUGAGAAAGAUUGAACAUGAUCGUCAAAAGGAAAUGUUGCAAAGAGAAAGAGAGCAGAGACGAUUUAAUGAGGAGGCACAGAAAGAGGAGAGGCGAUGCGAGAAAGAAGAAAUUGAAAAACAGAAACAGCUGAAAAGGAAGCAAGAAGCAGCAGAGAGAGAGCAACGCCGAAGGGAGAAGGAAGAAGCUGAGUCGAGAAAACGACGACUACUCCAGAAACAAGCAUCAUUGAUGGAGCACUUCCUUAAACUGAAAAAAACUAGUUCGCCUUCACAAAACGACAGUUCACUGACCAAAGCAACCACAUCCGGAUCAUCUAGUGACACGGUCGAAAGAAAUUUGAAAUCAGUAACUCUACCAAUGGAUGCCGUAUUGGCCCAGAAGGAUGAGAUUGUGGUCGGAGAUGUACUGAAAUCACACUUAAAAGCUUGGCGCUUCAAUCGUUGUUCAAUACGUUCAAAUGGAAAAAGGCACUGGGGCAUCCGUCAGAAGCCUAAGACUGAGCUAGUCAAGGAACUCAAGCUUGCCACUAGUAAAGAACGCACUUGUGACGCUGACAUGAACAUAGAGAAGCUUGUGCUUGGUUUGGAUGAUGCCAAUGAUUGUCUAAGUCCUUGUAGUAAAAAGCGAAUUCCAGUGAAGCUGUUGCAAUUUGACAAGAGCAAUAGGCCUGCAUUUUAUGGUGUUUGGCCCAGUAAGAGUCAAAUUGUUGGCCCACGUCACCCUUUUGUAAAGGACUCAGAUAUAGACUAUGAUAUUGAUAGCGACGAGGAUUGGGCAGAGGACGAACCUGGUGAAAGCCUUUCAGACUGUGAUAAGGACGAUGAAGACGAAUGCAUGGAUAUAAAGGAUGACGAAGACAAUGGGAUUGAAGAUGGAUUCUUUGUUCCUGAUGGUUACCUCUCUGAGGAUGAGGGAGUGAAGUCUGAUGACAGUCACGACCUCAAUUCAGAAGUUCAGAAUCGACCUAUUUCUGAACACCAAUCGCAGAAUGAUGAAUUAUGUAUCUUGCUUCCGCAACAGAAAUAUCUCAAUAAUCUGACAGAACGCACGCUUAAAAAGAACCAGCCAUUGGUCAUCUUGAAUCUCACGCAUAAAAAGACGAAUCUCAUACAUGAAAAGACCAUAAUUUCAUCAGCUGAGGAGCUCACUGGUCUAUCAAAGCUCGAAAGGAUGGCUCUACAAGCUCUUACUAUUCUCCCAUUCCCUGGAUUCCGAAAUACAGAUAUUUCAGUUCCUAGUGAUGUGGUAGACGAGGAUCCAGGAAGUUCACCUAACAAGUCGAGAACAACAGAGCUUUCAACCGCUGCAGAUAUUCUAGAUUCAGACAUGCCGCAGAUAAUAUCUGUCAUUCAGUCGCAUCCACAUGGCAUCAAACAAAUAAUGAAGUCACUACACGAUAGGUUUCCUGCCAUUCCAAAAUUCAAGUUAAGGAACAAAGUGUUUGAAAUCUCCGAGUUCUCUAACAAUCGCCGUCAGGUUAAGAAAGAAAUUCUGAGAAACCAUGGCAUAUCUAUAUCACCAGAUAAGGGUCCGACGAAAACAAGGAACAUCACAACACUCUUGAAAGAAAUGGAAUCUCAGUCUGGGAUGAGCACAAACUAGAGAGGUACAUCCCAACAACCUUCCGUUAAAACUCACAGCGAAAGUUGAAUCACAGCAUGGCCGCUCAUGCAAACAUCAGUAACCAUCUUCUUCUACUGUGUUCGCCUUUUGUUUUGACAUAAUCGUGUAAUAUAAGUAGCAGUGACAUAGUCGCGUAUAUAAGUAGCAUCUCUCACCUAACCAGUGUUAGCGGAAAAUUACAAAAAAAAAAAAAAAAAAAAAAAAAAAAAAAAACUGCUGAAUAUCGGACUUAAACAGGCUAUGGCGUUUUUGCUUUUGAUGCUGGCACAGAUAGCAGACAUGGUUGCUCGAUGUAUAUAUCGGUUUCGAGUAUUUUUGUUGAUAAUUUGAGAUGAAUGCAAGCAUUGCAAUGUCAUUUUUGCA